GUUGUGAUGGAAGCUCGAUGGAAGGUUCGAUUUUGCCGACAUAAAAUUUGGCGCAUUUUGGACGAUCAUUAUCAUUACGAUGAAGCGCGGAUUUGAGCAAGAGAAUCGCUACACUUUGUCCAAACAUGCUACUGAAUUUAAAAAUAAGGUAACACUUUGCCAAACGUUUUCCGUCAAAAUGUCUGGACUGGUUACACAGUUUAUUUUGAUAUAAUCGAAAAGCCGCCUUUUUGAGCAUAAUAUUAUAUUGAUUUCAUUCAAGGUCAAAGUCUUGAUUGAGAAUGAUGAGGAGAGAGCUACGCUUUAUGAAGCUCUCAGGGGCUAUCAAGGGUAAGCCUUAAAAUUUUUCUAAAUUAACGUAGAAAGUCCAUAAUCUAACCAUAUUUAUUAUUCAUUCAGAAAUGUUCCUCGUUUCUGAUUGGUUCUGGACUAGGCCAUUCCAUUUAAUAGCCACCCACCCCCUCAGAAUUAGCCCAUUCCCCUUCCCUUCAGAAAAAAAGGUAUUUUUUUCUUACCGUUACCCUCCAGAAAUAUUCCAAAGAUCAAAGGUGCCAACACAGCUGCUCCCCUCAGAAAUAACUUUCAAGACCCUGCAGAAAUUCUCAUCUAUUAGGAGGGGGGGUGGGUAUUCAAUGGAAGGGGGGAUUCCAUAUGAGAGAGAUAAGGAUUUAUGUCAGAAAAUUAAACCCUUUAAAGGCAAACAAUUUGGGAUCAUACAUCAUUUUUUGGCCCAUUAGUCCCAAGCAAUACCAUUAUGGGUUAAAAUUAUAUUGACAUUCUGUCCUAGACACCCUAAGUGAGGUCAAAAUCAGCACCCAUUUGAUGUCACUUUUGUAUGGUAUUGCUCCCCCUUCCUCCCACUCAUGAUCCGAGUACUCUAUAUUGGUAUGCUCAGGAUACAUUGUCUUAUUACAAUUUUCUUUUAUUAGGUCAAGCUCGAUUUCAAAACUUGUCAAUGAUCUGAAAGCUGUUAUUAACACUCCAAAAAGAUAUCCACUAUUUAGAGAAGUAAGGUAAGUGUGAGAAGAAUAAAAAAUUAUAUUGCUUAACUAAUUAAUUUAAUAGUUGAUGUCUGUGAAAUUCCAGAAAGGUCCCUUCCUCGACUGACUCAGGUCAAUGAUUUAUUCAUCACUAUUAAUAGGUUUUCAAGUGCUAGCAAUUAAAAUAAAUUCAUAUUCAGUUGAUAUGGACUGGAUUAUUUAACUAUUAAUUUCUAGUUGUAUAUUUGUAUACCACACAGAGAAGGGAAUUGGCUUGAGAAACAAAAUACAAGGUGUAUGGGUUAACUACAAUGUACUUAAAAAAAUAGAUGGAUGGGAAAGAUGUUAAAGAAAUAAUAAUUGGCAUUAAAACCAAGGUCAUCUGACUGUCCAAUGAUUUAGAGUAAGUCGACCCUUGAUUCUUUUGCCUUAAUUUUUAAAAGACAUCUAUUUAGACACCAAACAAUAAUGAUUUGAUCUAUAACCAAGUAACUGCAGCGAUCCACUAUCCUGGACAAAAAAACGGUGGUACUGGAAAUUGUUGUAUUUUAAACACAAUGUUUAAUAAUUCUGUUAGAAUUCCCAACUAGUACCAUAUAGAUAAAAAUGUUUGAAUCAUUCUACCACAGAUAUCUGGUAAAACCCACAGAUGCUUCUGCAUUCCUGAAUUUGAUUCCUAAGUCACCAAGGUACUGUAGUCUGUUUGGAUAUUAUGUUACUCUGUAGGCAUAUAAAUUUCAAAAUACACUGUAUUAUAUUCAACCACUUUAACUGCCUUUGGUGACUAUAAUAAAAACAAGCUGUUUAUGAAUUCAAAGUCUUUAAGUUAUACAAAUUGAGAAAUGAAAAAAUACUAUCGUAAUGCUAAACAGUAGCCUAAAUUAUUGAAAUUUGAUGAUUCUUUAAGACAGAGACGAUUUUUUUUAUUUACUGGUACUGAAUGUAACAUUUUGCACAAUGUUCAAUUAGCUCUUUGACAUUCACUUGUGCGGUACGUAGGACUUACUUAAUACAGUUGACUCCCGAUAACUCGAGCCUUCAAGGGAAAUCAAGAAAGGUUCGAGUUACUGGGAGCUCGAAGAAAAUAGCCCGGAGUAAGGAAAAAUUAAACCAGUUUUUACUGUACAGUGAACAUUUUCAUCACAUUUAAUUGUAGAAAUGUUGAGUGAAAAAAGAUACUUCUAGAUUAUAAAUCAAAACCUAACAUAACAAGAUGUUGCCUAAAUAGAGCAUUCGUUUUACUGUUUUAAAAGUAAAACUGUUUCACGUACAUUAGAAAUGUGAGAAACAACAUCUGCCUCCACUAGUAAACUAUAUGCCUACAACAUGUUAAUGGGAAAUUCAAAAUUCAAUGUUUGGGAUGCCAGUAGACUGUUUUUUCCCUUGCUUUUUAAGGUGGUACUGGAGGCUAAUCUGGACCUUUUUACCUCAAGUUUGUGAAUACAAAAUUGGAUGAAGGAUUUGUCAGACUGUCUUAAAAUUUUACGGUGUGAUAAAUCAUUAUGCAUAAAAAUAUGGUUCGAGUUAUCGAGGAUAAAAUACAUUUAAUGUAUGAAGGAAAUUCAGGGGAAGUUGAUUUUAGUGCGAGUUAGCAUGAGGUUCAAGUUAGCGAGGGUUCGAGUUAUCUGGAGUCAACUGUAUUAUGUAAUUUUUUUAAACUGUACAAGUCAUUUAUUAUUUAUUUCUUCACAUGGUAUGAUAAGCUCUGCUAUUUAUUGUAAUGGUAUGUUUGAUUUAAUAACUCUGCAGAUCCAGGAAUUGUUUAUUGGGGGGGGAGGGAGGGCCCAAACUUAGGUUCAGAAAGGACUGUUGAACUUUUUUGUGGCAAAUUACUCCUCACACACACACCCCACACCCCUCCCACCAGUUGUGGUUGCACAUUAUACAGAUGUAAUUCUUUGGCCCCUUACUGUGCACUUAAAUUCUACUCAUGAAACAUUCAACCUUGGAACAUCCUCCUCCUGUGCUUGGUAACAAAGAUUGCACAGAUUUCACAAAAUGCAACACCCGUUUCGUUAAAACAACCUGCCUGUCAAAAAGUGAUAUACAAUCCUGUCGAUGUAAGAAUCUCAGUCUCAAACAAGCUUCGGGUCUGAUAGGGGGGGUCAGGGGGGUCCGGACCCCCCCUAUCCCUAUCAGACCUGACACCCAGAUCUGCUGCUGGUUAAGGACAUUAAAUUCAACUGUGUUCUAGUGACGGCAUACGUCUUAUCAAGGUGCAACACUUUGGAAAUGGAGGCAUAGGUUUCAGUAUUCGUGGAGGUACGUGUAGUAGUUGUUCCAGUUUUCUUAAUAAGUUCCCAGUUUGAGGUCCCACUUAAUCCAAUUGAUAGUUUGUCCAAUCCAUGACUGCUCAUCGGGAGAUGGCUGUCACAAAAAUGCUGCUCAACAAAGAAGGGAGUGGUGCAUAGUCCACCAAUGUGCAAGCUCCAAGUCAGAACUCGCUGGGUAGUGCUAAAUAAAAUGACAGGUGUCUCUGUGGCGUGGGUGAGCCAUUCCGUGAUUACUAAAUUGAAUCUCCACUCUCAUCAGAGCAGGCAUGUUUGUCUAGUAUGCCGGGGGGGUAUGGUUCUCAAGCAGUUUACUUCUGGGAUAGGGUAUACAAAUCAGAGACUUUAGGUCUAGAAUAGGGUAUCAUUUUCAAGGAAACUGUAUCAAUUGGUUGAAGCUGUUAGUCUAGACUAAGAAAACCGGGAAUUGCCACUCAAAAAUGUGGAAAAAUAAAAUCGGUUUUGUAUUGGCUAGACUGUGUUUGUGACCUCAUUUUGAACGAGCUCUGGUAUAGGGGCCCAGGGUCCCAGCGGAACAUCCCCACCCAAAAAUUCUUGAAGUAACCCCCCCCCCCCCCGGUAGUAUGCCUCCAUGUUGAUGCAAUAGGUAGCCUAAACACAGGUGUUUUUCAGCAACGCACAUCAAACCAGAAGUGGCAGUCCUUCUAAUGCCUUGUACAUGUAUUUGCUAAGUGCAUUUGCUCUAUUGAGACAGUCUGCCUGAAAAUUUGGGUGCACGACAGCCAAAAGAUGCAAAAUGUCCUCUUCCAGUUGACAAGCGCCUCGCUUUAAAGCCUCUUGAUUAAGCUCCCUAAUGUAGCCUAUUUGGUCAGUUGCUUCUUGAGAAGGAUCUACAUUUCUAAGAAGACAAUAAUUUUGAGUGGAAAAGUGUUCAAAAAAUGGUGCUGCAGGCAAAUCACCCAAUGUACAUGCAGGAAAACUGUACUUCUGCGUGUCGUUAACUUGAUGCAUAAUUUAAGAUAUAAAUCUAGUUAUCAAUAUUAUAUUCGGAUAUAUUUGUAUUAAAUUGUUUUGUUUAGGACGAGAGCAUGGUGUCGGAAUUUUUGUUUCCCUCGUUUCUCGAGGAUCUCAGGCUGACGUAGUUGGACUGAAGGUAUUUACAGUGUAUUAUUGCUGCAUGGUCUUAACUCACUGAAAGACCCAAACAUCGACGGUUUAUUGAAUGUACAUGUGAGCAUCAGGAAUAGUAUGUUUGAAGCGGAAAGUGUCAGCAUUAGAAGAAUUAAUCAAUACAUGCUCUGGAUUUGAUAAAAAGUUACAAACAGGAUGGUACACACAUGUAUGCAUGUAAUACUGGGUGAUCAGUGAUCCCAUCUACUACACCAGAAACGCACAAAAUCGCCCGUGUGAAAAGGCGUUGUCCCACUUGUGACGUCAUCAGUUUAAAUAUCCAACGAUCAACUUGUGGAAGAAGAGAAUAUCUUCUAAGCAUUCCUGAAUGAUCGCGAUUCUGCCCAAAAGUCACUCGAAAGAAAUAUUUAGCUUUGACCAUUAUUUAACGGGAAAGCUUGUCUCUUUAUCCUGGUACAUCCUUAAAAGUGUUGUUAAGAUCCACGGGCUUUCGCGAAAACCUGUUGCUGAAAAGAGGACUAAAAAGUGUAUUGAAAGAAAGCAAACAAACUAGAAAAGCUAAAACCGUGUCGAGAGAGAAGGAGAAAGUUUUUUGUGUGUUAACCUGCUUUGAAGCGUUUUUUUGUUUUCGGGGAAGAGCGAAAUUCGAGGACAGGGAAAAGGAAUGAUUAAUUUAGGUUUCAGGGAAACUGCCCACCUACCCCUCCCCUAAGCCAUCAUUUUGCCCAAAGUGAGAAGUGAGUGCUAAUGUUAGCUUAGGGGAGGGGUAGGUGGGCAGUUUCCCAGAAACCUGAAUUGAUCUGUAAAAAAUAAGGAACAACAAGGUCCUUUCCCCCCUCGCCUCCCAAACAAAAAAGGAAGAAGGACCACCUGAUCUAGAGUUAUUCUUCGGUGCACGACUAAACCCAAAAAGCAGUAAUUUUUGACUUGUAAAGUAAUCACCUAAACUCUUGAUGGUUCUGCUUCAUUUUGCCUGGGUGUGUGUGCAAGUAUCUGAUUGCGAUCUGUUCUCUUCAGGCAGGUGAUGAAAUUUUGAGCAUUAAUGGAUUAUAUAUUGCUGAUUCAACCCAUGGGGAAGUGGUAAAUAUCCUGAGAUCUCGCAAAAACCUUCUUCUUAAAGUGCGAAGUAAGUAUCUUAAUUUACCGGGUUUUUUUUCUUUCUGGUUUUGCAAAAUACGGGGUAGAUUUAAUGGAACUGAGCGUGUCUGAUGAGUAUUUUGUAUUUCAUCUACAGCCUCAGGAAAAGUACCGUGUAAAAUGUAAGUUCUGUCUGUUUGUUUGAUCCGCUCACCACCGCUUGACAGCAAACCCCGCACCACUUAUGACGUCAUCAGUUGAAACCCUCAAAGCAACAAACACUUAUGCGUGCAUAACUGUGAAAAAUCUCCAUAAACGGGCCAGAUAAGACGCCUUUGUUAACUUGUGCAAACUCGGAUAGAAAUUCUGUUUCAGUACACAUUCCUCGGCACUUUUGUGAACCGUUUCCCAGCAGAAAGGAGAAAGAGCUCAACAGUUUGCUCUUUGUUCAUGCCUGAACGCGUCAAAAGACGGUAUUUUUGCACUAGAAACGAAAGUGGGUAAAGUUUACAUUGUUGCCUGUUAUUGAUCACGAAAUUUCGGCUCAGAUUUCUCUCUCUCUUCUCCGCAGAGGUUCCCCCAGGGUCACCGUAUUCCAAUAGACGGUGACGAUAAGGAAAAACGAUUUGGUCUUUUUUUCCAAUUUUGUUUUGUUUAUUCCACCUCGCCGAAAAAAGUCAAAUGUACUCUGUAGGUGAAUUUUCCUGGAGUUGACUUCUUGGGAACCGCACCCAAAUGUACAAAGAGAAAGAAACAUUCCUCUUUCUGUGUUAAAGUCCCCCAGGAAACGUCGCGUGAGAAAAUUUCACGUCUUGGUCGUGCAGGGAUGGCAAGAACAACAACAACAACAAACAACAACAAAUUUUAUUGAAAAUUGGAAAAUAACUAAUUACAUUACUUUCCCACCCGCAAAUAGCUUAUGAACUAAUCGAGGCGGGGGGAGCUGAAGACAUAUUACAAAACAAGAAUUAUAUAUAGAUGGACUAAAUAACAGUGAAGACACUACAAUACAGUAAAUAGAGUUUAAACUAACAUAAAACAAAAAACAAAAACAAGGCAUGUACAUAACGAUUACGAAGAGAGGUUAACUAAAGUAUUAAAUAACUUAAUAAGACGGGAGACUUCGACAUAAUCAUCUUCUGACCCAAAAAAUUUAGUAAUAAUUCCUUUAUUUUUUUUACGAAAGGACGAACGUUUAAGUAUUUUAAUCGAAUACGGAAUAGAGUUCCAAAUUUGGGCACCGAUUCUCGUGAAAAAGGCAUACAUUUUAUCGGUUCUAGAGAACUUAACAUAAAACGAGUCGCUUGAGACAGAUCUUGUUCUGUAGUUAUGAAUCUGACUUGUUUUAACGAACUGAUUGAGAAUACUAACUGGUGCUGUCUGUCUGUUGAUAUCAUACAAUAAAUAGCUACAAUCUCUGAAAAAUAUGCUAGGCAGGGGAAGGCAAUUUGAUUUGAGAAAGAAGGGUACGGCGUGUUCCUUAGACUUACUGAAGUAAAUGAGACGUAAGGCCCGUUUUUGUAGAGUUACGAUCUUUCGUUGAGAUGUCAAGGCACAAUUUCCCCAACCACAAAUACCAUAAGUCAAGUAAGGGACAAUUAAUGAGUUGUAAACUGAAAGUAAAACACGACGCGGGACAUAAUGUCGAAUUUUAGCUAUAAUUCCUAUCGACUUGCUGAUUUUGUGACAGACAGAUUCGAUGUGGUAUUUCCAUGAAAGAUUUGAAUCAAUCAUUAAGCCAAGGUAUUUUACAUAAUCUUUCAUUUCAAGGUUUGCGUAGGUGUUAGUCACGGAGUCAAAAAAUUCUAAUCCUAGGUAUGAAGGGCAUAUUCUUUUGCCGGGGACGAAAGAUUACAAAAUUUGAUUUUUUUAUGUUCAAGGACAGUUUGUUGGCCUUUAGCCAUUCGUUGACGUUGCCAAGCUCGCGAUUAACAAGUGUUUCGAGUUCCUUUAGGUUGUUAUUUGCAAGUAUUAUACUAGUAUCGUCAGCAAAUAGAUAAAAGGCAAAUAACGAAGAGGACUUGUAAAUAUCAUUGAUGUACAGUAGGAAUAAGAGUGGUCCGAGGACUGAGCCUUGUGGCACGCCGCACAAGGUCGUUUCAGCCUCAGACACAACAUUAUUAACUUCCGUAGUUUGCUUCCGAUCAGUCAGGUAUGAUCUGAACCAGGAGUUUAUUACACCUCUAAUACCAUAAUUUUCAAGUUUAGCUAACAAAAUUUCAUGGUUAACAGUAUCAAAAGCCUUUUUGAGAUCGAUGAAAACACCGCACGAAAAUUUACCGUUGUCCAUGUUUUGGAGAAUUGUGUUAACAAUAUCAAGUACAGCAUGCUGAGUACUGUGCUUACUGCGAAAACCGUAUUGCUGAUCAUAGAGAAUGUUGCAAUCUUUGACAAACUUGGUAACUCUGGAGUACAUAAGUUUUUCAAAAAUCCUGUUAUAAAUCGAGAGCAGAGAAAUAGGUCGGUAGUUUUCGGGCAGCGUGUCAUCUUCGUCCUUAAAUAUCGGGAUAAUCUUAGCACACUUUAGUUUAGAUGGAAAAAUCCCUGAGCAAAUAGACUGAUUAAAAAUCGUGGCUAGAGGUACGGAUAUGACCCUUUUGCUAAUUUCAGCAGCCUAACUGGAGAUGAGUAGAGACCAUGGGCCUUGUUGUCUUGCAAAACUGAAAUUUCUAAAUUGAUAUCUUCCGGAAUAAUAGGAUCAAAGAAGAAAGUGCGAUUAAGUGGCGGAUCUAAAUAAUCAUAGAAUGUAUUUAUGGUCUGAGGAAUUUUAGAAGCCAGUUUGCUCCCAACAGUGGCGAAAUAUUUGUUAAGAAUAUUGCUUAUUUCCUUCGGGUCACUAGUUGGAACCUCAUUCGGGUUUGAGCGAAUAGAGUUAGUUGAGUUGCGCUUGUUUUUUUUUUUUACAGUUUCCAAUUAGCUCGUUAAUUCCUUUCCAAGUUUGACGCAUAUUACAUAUGUUGAGAUCAAAGAAACUUUGGUAGUAGUUCGCUUUACUUAAUCUCGUAAGAUAAAUGAUUUUAUUUCUGUAAAAUUUGUAUUUGUCACGGUCUGAGGUAUAGAAGAGGUUAUUCUUUACCCUGAUUGAUUUUCUUAAACCCGCCGUCAGCCAUGGUUUAGCAAGGAAUUUUUGUUUACGAUUGGAUAUACUUCUUAAAGGAGCGUGUUUGUUAAUUGUCUUGUUGACGCAUUUGUAAAACCUGGAAAACGAUUGAUUGGCAUCGAUAUGUUUGCAAAUAUUAUUCCAAUUAAUAUUCUGCAAGUCGUCAAUGAAAGACUUUGCAUUGAAGGUAGAAUAGUCACGAACCUUAGUUUUGUUGUUUGGAAAGAAUGGUUUACAGUGCGACGAUAAUAUGCACAUCUGAGAGAAGUGAUCUGUUGUAUCGGACACGAUAUUGCCGCUGACUAUAUUAUUCUCAGGAUUAUUUAUGAAAAUAUUGUCAAUUAAAGUUGCUGAAUUACCAUAGACUCUAGUCGGCUUAUCAACCACUGGGAACAUUGAAAAACUUUGCAUUGUUUGGAGCAAGGUUUGUGUGUAACUACAAGUUUCAUAUUUUAACAGAUCUAUGUUGAAGUCUCCCAUGAGAUAAAUAUUUUGAUUUUGACGGCAUUGGCUUUCAAGAAAAUCUGUCAAGUAUUCUAGAAACUCAUUAGCGUUAUUGUGUUGCCUAUAAGUAACACCACAUACAGAUUUCUUAUUGUUAGGCAGAUGAAGUUCAAUCCAUAGGGCUUGAUAGCAAGAAUUGGAGACUCGUUCAAGGACGCGGUAUUUACAAUUUUGAUCAAUGAACAGGCCAACACCACCGGCAGAUAAAGGUGUUGGGACCGAUUCAAAACAGUAUCCUGGUAAUUCUGGUACAAAAUUAAAACUACAUUCACGAUCGCAUAUACGAGUUUGAAAAAUGUACCAAAAAGCGUGCUGCACGUGCAAAAUUGUUAUUUUUCUCAUUAAUAAACCUAUUGCUCCUUUGACGUUCGUGUUCCCGUCGCCGUCGCCGUCAGCGUUGCUAAAGCUCCCCUAUAUCGUCUCUCGCUCGCUUUCUUUUUUUCCUCUCCCCAAUACCGGUAUUAUACGUAAUCUAUCAGAGCAUUGUUUGUUAAAAUGCUUGCUUGACGUCUCUGUUUUUUCAAACAGAAAUGAGGUCAUUAGCUGGGAGACUGCUGAGGGAAAAGAAAAUGUCUACUACCAUCCUGAUCUACUGGUUAGUGUUCUAUUCUGGGCAACACCAAGAAAUUAAACUCAUCUCAUAAAACGCACAGAAGAUUUCCAGCAAACCGUCUUAUUGUCAAUGUAUGGUUAGACUUCUGGUUAGCACAUAGUGCUGAGUCCAAUAAAAUUUCACAAAACUCUAGUCUGGUGGCGCUUGACAACUAGAAUUCACUCAGGACAAGUCAUGUAGCACCAUGUUGAAAAAAGACCUUAAUAAGAUUGGACGAGUCAAAUGGAAGAAGGUUGGGGGGCGGGGGUAAGGGUUUCCGCGCACAGAUUUUCGAAAAAAUGGGAGACUGUUCACAUAUCUAUCUAAAAGUGUCAAUCCUAGCCUAUAGUAUGGAAAAGCACUCACGCAGGGAAAGUGAACUAAAGACUUGUGAAAGAAAUCAGACUCAAGAAUUCCUUAAUAGAUCGUCGUUAUUCUACCGACUUAUCGAGACUGAGCUACCAGGCACGAAGCUGAGAUGGCGAGGGUCCCCUCCCUAUGGUACCAAACUACAAAACUGUAUAUAGACUAUAUAAUAUGUACCAGAACUUAACAGAAUGCCAUAAAAUCUCAUAAAAAUCCAUUGAAGCAAGACCCACCUACGUUUGUAGCCUUUUUGACACGUAGCUCCGCGUAAGGUAGAAAAUGGGCGAACGUGUAAAAGUACUUGUAGCACAUUCAGACGAUAAGAGGUAAACACCACCUUCCUGUAAGAAGAAAGUUGGUGAACUGGAAAUUCAGUCUUGUUGAAUUAUAAAACCGAUUGCAGGAUUAUCUGAUUAAAGAAGGCGACUUCCUCGAUGAAGCAUUGUUUCAACCUGCCCCAGAUGACAAGCAAGUUACGUUGAUCGUUGGUCCUAAAGGAAUCGGUUGUAGGUAAGAGUUAAUUUCAACUCUUUGGUUUGUUGGACGGGUGGAGGGGGUGUGCGAGGUUGAUACAGGAUUUGCUUCCUCUCGACCCCCACCUUAGAUUUUGUGAAUAAUAGACAUAUGACGGGCUCGUUGACAUUCUCCAUCGCCUGGAAUGGUGAGGAAUACUGUAUAUUUAGAAUCCGAUCUUUGCGGCGCUGGCUUUGCGCUACGUACUUACUCUUCUUCGUCCGCUCUGCCCUUUCUCCCGUCAUCCUCUGUGCGCUCACUCGCGCUUCGCUCUCUCCUCUAUCUCCCCCGCUUUAAAGCUAGUAUUUGCUAUUUUCAACGAAGAAAAGACCGCGAACAUUUUAAGUUAUCUACCCAGUCCCUUAAAGCACUCUAGAGCAACUAUAGGACCCCCCAGGGAGCUUGCUCGCAGGCUAGUCUUGUUUAGAUAUUUCUGUCCCUGUUCCACUGCUGUGCAAACAUUUUUAUGACCCGUCUUACCUUCUUCCCAGCGUGCGUAAUGGUGUUCCAGGCAAAGAGGGGUUGUUUAUUAUAUCAGUAACUUCAGGUUCACUGGCAGACAAGACUGGUGUACGGGUAAGUUUGAAAUUAGUAAAUGAUUGAAUAAAUGAAAUGUCGAGGAUGAGAGGACAACAGUGAGACGUGUCAUGGUUACAACCCAACCCAUGAUAUGAAUGAUGUGAACAAGGGAGACCACAACUUCUCCUCUUUUCGAACAGUAGUGUGGGUUCUCGUACGGUCCUUUCUGUUUGUCUAAUGAAAUAAGGAUGCGCACAAUGUCGCAAUCAUCCGAACUGAGAUCAGUAUAUCUUACCAGUUUUUCAAAGACCCGGGUUGUUGCGCCGGCCGCGGUAAGACCCGGGGGGGGAGACCCCCAUAUGCUCGUCGGGGAUGCUCGUCGGCAUAUUCAAUUUACAGUCAGGGCAGGUGAAGCGUACCCCCCCCCAAGAAUGCAUUAUGCAUUAAUGAAUUUAUUAUUCGAAGGUUGAAUCCGUUGGUAGUUGUAGAUUUCAGUUUCAUCUCUGCACCCUUGCAUACGUAAUGAGUUGCCAGCUCAGUUUUCUUGAAUUUGAUGUAAAUGUCUUAAAACAAUUUUAACCAUUCAAAGAUAUUUCAAUCUGACCGAAUACAGAGGAGUUGUAGUGAAAAAUUCACUGCUCAUUACGCGUGUAGGAAUGCAGAUUUGAAUUGGAGACUGGUUGCAGCAACGGCUAACGGAUUCAUUUUUCAAAUAAUCGACUCAUUCAGUGCACAGGCUAUUCUUGACUGUAAACCCCUAAGGGAGACCAAUGUGGGUGUGGCUCAAUCUUAAACUGACCCCUGAGGGAGAUUUCUGUGUGGUCACUGUGUCAGGGCAUUUUUUGUAAAGUUUCCUUAUAAACAGAACUAAGCGAUACCUGAAUGAGUAACUGGUAUUUUCGACUGUUUGUUUAGAUCGGUGACCAAAUUGUUGCCGUCAAUGGAAAGAAUAUUAUGAAACUAAGAUAUUCGGAGGUAAGUAAAAUUUGUUUGUUUGUUUGUUUUUUUUUUUUUUUUUAUUCAGAAAUAUCUUCAUCAUAUUUAGUUAAAUGAUCAACUGAAGCAGCCGAGAAAAAGCAAAAACGUAAAAUAUGUGGCAAAAAUUUAGGCUCGUCUUGUGUCUUUGCGAGAUCAGGGCUUAAGCUAUUGUGAAUUUAAUCUACAUAAGGAAACCCUGAAAGCUGGCUAGUUGAGAGUUGGUUAUUUGUAAGCAGUACAACUAACACUAAAGUGUUUUCGGGCCUAGGGGAUUCCUAGUAUACGCUCAUGUUCCUUGGUUACAAAAUCAAUAUAGCCUACGUUUUUUAGGGCGAAAUAGGGACCUUACGAAACCACGACGGCCACGACAACGGGAACGUCAAAACAACAACAACAACAACGUUUUUUUGUACAUUUCUUUGCCGCCCCUGCACAACUACGACGUGAAAUGACCAAAUUUUAAGUUUACUUGGAACGGGAACGGCAAGGCGAUAAAUUCUACCAUCCCUGUUUGAACUCGGGCGCGGUCCCUUUUCUUCAGCUCCCUCCCAAAAUCCCUUCUUUUAAGUAAGUGGGCCCCUAGGGAUAAUCGCAAACAAAAAGUGAAAGGAUGCGAAGUGUAUUUUUCAGCGACGUUUUCAUGGACGUCGCCGUUGUCGGGUCGUAAGGUCCAUAAUAUCGAGGACUGCGCGCGCCUACGAGGGGACGUCCUCUCCCCUUCGCGCGCAUUCUAUAACAGCUAACCAAAAACUAACCGGCGCCUGCGACGAAAGCCGCAAAAUCAAAGGAUUGUGAAGAUAUAAAACGGUAAUUGAAAUAAAUCGAUAAAUUUAAGGCUGUGCAUUGUCAGGGUGAAAGACUUCAGGUUCAGUCAGUGUGCAUUCGAGCAUUCGCGCCGGUACUUUAAAGCUACAGGCGCAUGUCAAGUUAUAUUUGGGGUUAUGCCCAGGAGCAAUUAGUUUAAAGAUGAGUGUCAAAGUGUAUAUGCCGGUAUCCUUCAUUGCCCGUUGUUAAGUUACUGCCGGAAGGCGUACCACCCCGACUGGCUACAGGUUAUAGGGACUUUGAGAUCCGAGGACGGCGACGGCAGCGAAAACUUCGCUUAAGAAAUGAAUUCGCGUUCGCGUUACUCUGUCAAAUGCAGGCGAACUCUCCCGAAGUUGAAUUACUUAGUCUCGGCAUGUCCAAGUUCAAAAAAGAGAAAGACAAUUUCAUCCUCGCUUGUGUACGUCCUCCAUAAAACGUGGAAUUGGAUAUUUUCACGUCGUAGUCGUGCAGUGACGGCAAAGAAAUUUACAAAAAAGCGUGCUGCACGUGCAGAGUUGUUGUUUUGCUUAUUAAACCUUUUGCUUUUGUUGACGUUCUCGUUGCUGUCAGCGUCGUCGGAUCUUAACGUCCCUUAUUUAUAAUAACACCGAGUCAUUUUAUGUUAACGUCCCUUGCAGGCAAUCUACUUGCUAAAGUCCUUCAAGGAGUUACAUCUUGUUUUACGUCAUAACAAGGUACAGUCGUUAUUGAGUAUAAUUGUAUAAAAGUACUGUUGCCAGGGGUUGAAACGAAGGGCAUCGGAAUAUGGCACCUGGGCAAGGCCCGAACCUUUGGCCGUAUAAACAUUUGUUGAGUACCCCCCCCCCUCCCCUGGGACGUAUUUUCUCUAAAGUUGAAUAAACCCCUGAAGGUUCUAUUGACAGACGUGUCUCAUGAUAAAAAAGUAAAUAAAGUGUUACUGCGUCGUAAUUCAGGAAGCCGAACAGUUUAUAAUGGAGGAAAUCGCCAAACAACAGGAAGACAAAAUGCCUGAAUUUGCCAUCAAAACCCAGAUCCUGGCUCGAAAAGCUGAGGAAAAGAAAAAACUGGAAAAAGCCAAGGAACAAAUGCACUUUCAAAAAUUAACAGAAGAUAAAGGGGACGAUGCUGUGGAAGGAAACACAGGUAGUGUGGUCAACUUAUUAUGUACUGCUUAGAACUUCAGCAAGCGAAACUUGGCUGACAUUUCUCACAGAGACACGUCUACAAGAUUGCCACCUUUUAAUCGGGCAUUGUGAGUGUGGGCGGAGGGGGGUGGGCGGUUUCCUCGGGUGUUCUUGUACAGCGGCAGAACUUGCUUAGUCGGUAGAGAUGACUAAAAUGCAUUUAAAACACUCAGUGGAAAGAGAAGUAGUAAAAGAAUUCAGCGAGAACGUAAGAGAUGGAGGUCGCAUUUAAAACACUACAGAGGGACAAGGUCGGAUAGACAUUCUCUUCAGUCUCUUGCCAGAUCAGAAUUCGAUGUUGAACUUAACCGAAUCUAAAUUAAAACUAAGUGGUAUUUUUUUAUUUUUUUCUCUGAAAGUGAAUUGUAAACGUGUUCCUACAUGUUGUUGAUAUCCGUUUUGGGGCUAAUCACUUUUUUUUUUGUUUCAUUGAUUUUUUUUUUUACCUAUUUCAAGAUAAUAAUACAAACGGCGAAGAAACCUCUGACGCCUCGUUUCAACCGCUCGAAGAAUCACAUCCCGUGGAAGUGACACCAAACAGCCAGAAAAGAGCAGCAUUUUCAGAAACGUAAGCUACAAUAAGACCCCGGUAUAACGACUUCCCAGACGAUAACCAGAUUUCAUCCACUACCUCUUCCUCAUUUAUACUGCCAUCUUUCUAUUACGGCCACUUUGAUUUUUGUGCCUGGACAGUUAUAAAUGCCUCUUAAAUGCGGCCAAGGGUCACAUUUUAAAAUCCCGAAGUACAGAUUCAUCUCAGUAAUACGGCUGUUUAAACCCAAUGUGCAUUUCAAAACACAUAUCCCGGCUUUUCUGAGUGUCUGUGUGAAAUCAUAUUGCCCACUCGAAAACAGUGACUUCUUGUACAAAGUCAGCAGAUAACACCCCUUCAGUUAAAACGAGAAAAUAAAGUAGCCAUGGAAUACUUGACCCUACCCCGAUAAUACGGACAAAUUCUUAAUUAUGGCCCGUUAGUGGCCGUAUUAAGUGGGUUCUACUGAACAGGGACCCAUUAAAACGACCGAUUUGCCUGGAGUCUGUUGGUGCUUUGUUCUCAUUGGGAUUCCAUUGUAUUUGUUCCAGUCUGUGAAAAUCGAUACCCGGUAUCAAUUAAAAUGUAAGGGAGCUUAUAUACGCCUUACGGUCUGUUAUCUUAAGGUCGCGUACAGUAGAACCUCGAUAUAACGAAUCUCUCUACAAGGAAGUCCUCGGUUUAACGAACGCCCUAGUAGUCUCGUUAUAACGAUUGAAACCUCGUUAAAGCGAACACAUUUUGCCAGUCCCUUGGGCCUUCGUUAUAUAUCGAGGUUCCAAUGUACUUUAUUGCUGAAGUACUAGUUUAUCCUCAUAUUAUGUUUCAGUGUUAAAGUGGUUGUGACAGGACCUAGUGAAAGCUACCAUAAGGAAACAGUACUAGCUGAUGUACACCCCACGCCAUUAAAUCUCGAUAACAAACAGGUAUCACGUUUUACUGAAGAAUUGUGACCGCUUUAAUGGUUCAUGACAUUCUCCAAAAAGUGUACCGGACUCAAAGUUUGUUCCCAGUUUCUUGAAAGCCCUUCUAAAUGUUCAAAAUAGUAGACAAACUAGUAAUAACCGAAGGUUAGGGAGUGUGCGUGAGAUCAAUCAAAAGUCAAAACGCUUUUUCUCCAACGCUGCGCUUUGCAGAGGUUUCACGUGAUAGAAGCUCCAAACGUGCGUGAUCAGAUUUCAAUCUAUGCAUUCCAUUCAUUGUUAGUGGAAGUCUUAACGAGAGCUGGCUACAUACGUGCCGCGCGUGCGUAAUAGCAACCUGAAGAUUAGGAUUGCGGGCUCCUCUGGUCGCCCGCAAUGAAUUAUCUCUUUGACUGACAGGACUUCUCUAUAAGCGUUAUCUUUCCUUUUUUUAAUUUGUGGACAGUUUCAAGAUGACGUGCUUGAGGGAAGAGAAGCUCACUUCUUAUCAAUUGAAAAGGUAAAUAAGGAAGUGGAGAAGGCUUCCGGUGAUUUUCUUCAAAUUCUUCUUUUCUUAUCUCGGGUUCUCUAGCUGUAGUCACUGUCUUGCAUUUCUGAAGUCACAAUGAGUUUUCUACCAUGUCGAUUUUUUUAACUUUCUUUACGAUGGACUACCUUUGGGACCGGCACUAAACAGUGGCGGAUCCAGCGAAGGGGCCCGGUGGGCCCAGCGCCCCCCUCCCCCCUAUUUUUAGACCAAACUGAGGGCGGAAAAAACGUUUUUUGAGACCGCCCCCCCCGCCCCCCCUCUUAUCUGAAGGUCUGGAUCCGCCACUGCUAAAUGUCCGUCUAAGAGUGAUGUCCAGCUUAUAGAAAGUCAAAUGGAAAGGCAGAGACCAACUCUAGGUGUCCGUUUUACCGUAGAGGUGUCCGUUAAGAGAGAGUCGACUGUAUACCUUUUUUUCCUUUUAAUAAUUCUGCAGCUUUCAGACUUAGGAAUAGAAAUAGAAGAGCGUGAUGGCGGAAUAUUCGUAAAAGAAGUUCAGGAACAUGGCUGUGUGGCCGUCCAUGGUAAGUUGGCGCACCUUGGGUGUAUGGUGGUUGAUGCAUGUUAUACUUGUGAAAAGGGGCACUCAUCACUUAAAAAACUCAUUAAAACUCAACUGCACAAAAUAUGCAUGUGUAACUCAUGGACACCCAAAAUGUUUUAAACCACCCUAGUGGAAAUCCCCUACCAUUCCUGUAGCGCUUGUGACGUCAUCACCCUUUACUUGGAAAGACUACUUAGAUGCACGACUUGAACAGUCGGAGAAAACUUUCUGGAAAGCCCGCUCAAAAGAGAACCAAUCCGUGGCCAGAAUGCACGCAAUAAUUGAACCUACAAGUAGCUCUGACGAAGGUCAAACCGACAUUCAAAUGUCACGUUUUUUGAAUAUCAUUACGCUGGCCAAGAGACACCCCUCGCGUGUCUCCCUUUUCAUUCCAACACCGACAUUUAAGUUACGCCACAAGCUACCCUGGGGAGAAAGAAAAGCCGUUUUAUUCAUAUGGCCGUUAUAUAUAAGUUCGACUGUAUAUAAGUCACGUUACGUGCCGCAAUCGAAGAGCACUUUAAAAUGUGGACUUGUCACAAGAACCAGCAGAAACUGGAAACGGGCUUUGAGAAAGUCUAUUAGCCCUGCAUGGGUAGUACCCUCCCCGCAGGCUACUCCUAUUGUCACGGUUACACUGACCUGGUGGGAUCGUCACGUCAGUGCGUAUAUUGAGGCAGAGCUGCGUAUCCGCGUGGAGAAUGGGGAAGAGACGCAUUAAAGCUGGCGGGAUCGUCUCGUCUGCGCGUAUUGCGUAUCCCCGUGGAGAAUUGGGGAAGAGACAAACCUCACUCGCGCGAGGACCAAUUCCGCUAGCUACGCAGGCUAAAAUCCUAUUUGAAAUGCUUUACUCAAGUUGCAAUAGCUACCGACUGAAGCGAAUUUUGCUCUAAUAGUCUCUAUUUCUUGUUCAUGUUAGGCGGUGUCGAGCCAGGAGACCAGUUGCUUAAUGUUGAGGGAAUCAGUCUACUGGGAAUCAAUGUACAGCAGGCGCAUGAGGAACUUAACAAAGCCAUGAGCAGGAGCUCGGUAAGAUGCGUUUUGCCGAUUGCUUUAGACACGCCUUCGUUUGUACCCUUUGCGGGUAUUUUGGCAAAGAAAAAUAUGAACUGUAAGAGCAGCAAUUCUCUUUAUCGCCAUAACAUCAAAAGCUACAGAAAACCUUCGAUAUUCCUGUUGUAAUAGACCAUUUUUGAUAUAUUAAAAUUAUGUUCCUUUUUGCCGAGGUUGGGGAAUAAAACAAAAGAAAUUUUCUCGACUAUUAUUUUUCUUCAGGAAAAACAUUUGAUUUGUCUUAUUCCCUAAGGAAAGAGCCAAGUAUGACAGUUCUAAGAAGUGGGAGUGUAGUCAGAAAAAAUGGUCCAUUCACAGGUGAUAAGUAG